AUGGACUGUGGUCUGUUGGGUGAAGGUAUUGCUUGCAGCCUGUACGAUGCGCUGAAGCGACAAAUUGCAUUCUCUCCAAUCAUUAUACCGCAAAAAGUAAACCAGUUUCGAUAUGGUUUUUCCCCCUUCUCUCCGGAAAGCUCUGUGCAUAGCCAUGAUCAGGCCACUGUUUAUGGGUGCAUUAUCGAGUGUCCUGCUGUAACAGAUGAAAAUAUUGCAAUUUUUGGUGGGCAGCGCUUCGUUUCGGAUUCCGUCUUAUCACCAUACAAUGCCAAAGAUAUAUCGAUGGAUCUGGAGCCGUACUGGUGUUGUGCGGCGAAUGAAAUUCGCGGUGGUUACAAAAUUCUGAGUGAAGUAGUCGAAAUUUUUAACAUUUCAUUUGCGGCUCGUUCACAAUUGGAAAAACUCAACGAGCAUGUUGUGGUGGAUCUUCAUACGGCGCCCAUCACUUGCAGUGGUACUGCACAUUCUAUCAUGGCCUGGUUUCGCUGCGAGCUAUUUCCCGGUGCGCCAAUUUUAAAUACAAGCCCAGAGAGCAAAAGUUGUUGGCAGCAAGCAUUUUAUCCAUUGCCGAAACCACUUUACUUAGAAAAAGGCUUCCUUUGCACACUGGAAGUGAACGCGUUCAGGGAUCAUCUGCUUUGCUCUCUUCGUAAUGUUAUUGUCCCGGAAAAU